CAGAAUUGUGUUGGAGCUCUCGACGGGACUCACGUCCCUUGUGUUCCACCAUCAGGUAACCCCGAAGUAUGGAGGAAUAGGAAGGGUUUUUACUCCCAAAAUGUGUUAGGGGUAUGUUCAUUUGACAUGAAGUUUACCUACAUAUUAGCUGGAUGGGAGGGAUCGGCACAUGAUGCGCGCGUUCUUUCAUCCGUAGUGGGGGUACGAGAAAAAAAGUUCCCAACUCCACCGCCCGGUAAAUACUACCUUGUAGACUCUGGCUACGCGAACAACGAUUGUUUCUUGGCGCCGUACCGGGGGAGCACAUAUCACCUUCAAGAGUAUAGGGCAAGACGUGGGCGUCCUCGAACUCAGCGUGAGUUGUUCAAUUACACGCAUUCGUCCCUAAGAAAUGCUAUUGAGCGCACUUUUGGUGUUUGGAAAGCAAGGUUCCGCAUACUCAAGUGCAUAAAUAAUUACCCAAUAGAGAAACAGAUACAAAUUCCUAUUGCUUGUGCUGUGCUUCACAAUUUCAUACAUAUGUACAACAAUAACGAUGAGCUACUGCACCAGUACACACGAGACGGAGUUCCAGUUUUUGAAAUUGAUCCAGAAAAUGCAGAUCAAGAUGUUAAUCAGAAUCACAAUCCUGAUCGCGGAACGGAACAAAAUCAGAACUCCGCACAUCGUAGACAAAUGAAUAUUUUGAGGGACGAGAUGGCAGCUAGCAUGUGGGCGGCAUUGGAAGCAUAUCGCAAUCGGUAGUUACAUAUUUGUUCCGCAAUUUUGACUACCGUAUUUAUUUUACAAUACGUUGUAAUGAACUUAUGGACGUUUCUGUUAUUUAUGUAUAUAGGUGUAUUAAUGUGUAGUCAAAAAAUCCAUGUCAAUACUUGCAAAAUUUUAGAGUUAUGUUUUUGUCAAAGUGAACAUAAAACUCAAGUUCACAUCUCACAAAUCAUCCAAGUGAACACACAAUUCAAGUUUCAAACACAAUUCCAAUUAAACUCACUUUUUUAACUCCAAUCUUGAAUUUGGAGUUAUUGAA